AUGGCAGCCAGAAGACAAAAUAAACCAGCAACUCCACUCAAAACAGUAGCUGUGCAGGAUUUCUUUAAACUCUCUAAAGGAGAUAAAACCAAAGAUAAAGGAGACAUACUACCAGAAGAGGAAAUGGAGUCUGAUGGGGAAUCAAUAAUAGCUGAGGAAUCCCAUGCCCCAGUCACUAAAGCUGACAUUACCAAUCUAGUCUCUAAACAGGACAUCACUUCAAUUUUUGAUAAGAUGUGGGAGAAAAUGGACACACUUCAGACUACUGUAACUAACAGUUUAGCUGAGAUUAAGAACAAUAUCACUAGUCUGGGCACAAGGGUUGAGUCCCUGGAGGAGAAGGAGGAGACCAUGGAGGAAGAGAUAACAGCAGUCUUGCAACAAAUUUCUGAACAAAAACAAGAACUAGCAGAAGUUAAUGAAAAAUUAGAAGACCUAGAAAAUAGGAAUAGAAGAUGUAAUAUUCGACUAAAGGGUAUUCCGGAAUCCAUAACAACACCAGAUCUAACUUCCUAUUUACUACAACUCUUUCAAGCAGUCACAGGAUCUUCGGAGGAAGGAAAGUUUCAGAUGGAAAGAGCUCAUUAG